AUGUCGCAAGGAGGUGUGGCUAGGCACGGGCGUGCAGAAGGCAAAGGGGAUGCUGAAUUCUUAAAACUUGCAUGUCGCAUGACGAUGUGCCUAUGCACGGGGGUGCUGAAUGAUAGACAAAGCUUCCAUGUUGCAAGGGUGAUGUGCCUAGGUAUGAGCCGAAAGCAAAGGGAUGUCAAAGGCAAUACAAAGCUUGCAUAUUUUAAGGCAAUGUGA